AUGGGCUCUUCGCCAACCACCACCGAGCCUGAGGCUAUUGUGGCCUUCAAUUCAGAGAACCUGUCUGCCGAUGAACUGGAACUUCGCGCUCAAGGUCACAUAGGGGAAUUGCCACGUCAGUUCGGGAUCUUGUCCACCUUGUCUCUUGCCUUCACCAUCACCAAUUCCUGGAUUGCCUACUCGGCCGUGUUUGUCAUCCCUCUCAUUGCCGGCGGAGCAACGUGUGUUGUUUGGAGUCUAGUGAUUGGUUUUGUGGUAUGCAGUAUCAUCACCCUGGGCCUUGCCGAACUGGCCAGUGCCUAUCCGACUUCAGGGGGGCAGUACCACUUCUCCUUCAUGGUCACCCCUCCAAGAUACAGAGCGGCAGUCUCAUACACGAUCGGCUGGGUGAGUGUCUUUUCCUGGUGGAUGCUGGCAUGCGGUUCUGCCAUCUUCUGUGCACAAGCCGUCGCUGCCAUGGCUGCUGUCUACCACCCGAACUUCGCAGCCACACAGUGGCAAAUCUAUCUCAUCUACGUGGCACUUACGAUUCUCUCCACGGCUUUGAUAACGCUGUUUCCCAAGCAACUACCUCGGGCGGAGAUUGCUUGUUUCUGGCUCUCCAUCAUCGGAUUCAUCGUAUCAACAAUUACCGUGCUGGCGAGAAGCGACCACAAACAGACCGGUCGGACGGUCUUCGCGGACUGGAAGAACAAUAGUGGCUGGAUCGAUGGAGUUGCAUUCUUUAUCGGCGUUGGCCAGGGCAUGUUCGCUUUCAUUGCUCUUGACGCGGCCACCCAUGUCUCUGAAGAAAUGCCCAAUCCAAGGAGAAAUGUACCUCGCGCCAUGGGCCUGACUAUGGUUAUCGGGAUGAUCACUGGCUUUGUGUGGACCGUCGCAUUCCUCUUCUCCGCCACCGAUCUUGACGAGGUCAUGAACAGUCCAGCGCCGUACUUGACCGUGUUUUUCCAGGCGAUUCACAACGACUCAGCGGCUCUUUUCUUUACUGUCUGGCUGUUUCUGGCGUACGUUUCGGCCACCAUCUCCUGCUACGCAACGUCCGGACGCCUCGUCUGGGCCUUUUCCCGAGACAACGGCCUACCCUACAGUGAUUUCUUCAGCAAAGUCCACCCCACAUUGAAAGUGCCGGUGAACGCAACUGUUUUGACCUGCAUCUUCGCCAUCUUCUACGGUCUGAUCUACAUCGGGUCCACCACCGCAUUCAACUCCUUCCUGUCGAUAUCCAUUCUGGGUCUGAAUGCCACAUACACGGUUCCGCAGGCCAUUGUUGCGUUCUGCGGUCGUGACAAAAUCUUACCGCCUCGACCCUUUGCGCUGGGAAAGUGGACGGGGCUGUUCUGCAACAUAUUCUCCAGCCUCUGGGUCGCCAUGUACAUGGUGUGGUUCUGCUUUCCCACCUUUCUCCCCGUAGAGGCUCAGAGCAUGAACUACCUGAGUGUGAUCGCGGUAGGCGCGCUCUUUUUCAUUGGGUUGAGUUGGUUCCUGGGCAAGCGCAAGACAUUCACCGGCCCCAAGGUGGUGGUCGAAGGUUUGCACCUUUCGACGAGCCACAACGCCCAAACAUUCGAGGCCGUUGAAGGAAGCGAGGGGGGUCUGAAGGGUCGGUGA